AUGAAGGGCUGCCCCUUCAUCUUUACACAUAAGUACAACUUUCUAGACGAUCCAAACCUCCUGACCUGCCAGUCCUGCCGCACUCCCUACUCCGAUCCUUCCACGUGGGAGCUAAUCACCAACUGCAACACCUUCCUCACCGGCCCCCGCGUCCUCCUCAACUGCAGCGAGGCGCCGACAUUUCCCGGUCGGUCCUUUGGCGUGACCCCAGAAGGCGACCUGUGUAGAAGGUGCACCAUCAUACAAAAGGCCAGAGAAGCUGACAAGGACCGCAAGAGCAGCAGCAGCAGCAGUAGCGAACCCACGCCCGACCCCAACCCCAACACAGCCGCCGUGGAUGACUACAACCCCCACCGGACACGCGAGCAGGAGCACCAGGAGCGGCUCGCGCGCAUGAGGACGGCGCGCAUGUCGCGGUGGACGGCACACGGCAUGCCGGCCGCGCACGCGGGCCGGGCGGUCAACGCCGAGGGAACCCAGGGGGAGGCGUCCGAGUGCGUGCCGCGCGGCUGCCCGUUUGCGAGCAAGUGUCGGUACGGGUGCGGGUCGAUGCAGGCGAGGUUGGUGACGCAGCAGAUGGACAACAUGCUGCUGCGGCGGCGCCGGUCGGAGGAUCUGGUCGGGGCCGCCGGCGACAGGGAUGGGGAUGAGGUGCUGCUGCUGCUGUCGCCGGUGCCGCGCUGCCCGUUUACCUAUUAUUGCCCGAUCAAGUGCAUGGGCAUGUAUUUGCGCAACUUGGAGUGA